CAGUGGAACCAAGAGGGAGACAUGAGGUUGGAGUGAGUGGGAGCAGGCACGGUCCUUCCCCCUUACACCCACCCAUCAUCACCUCUCACUUAAUCCAGCAUCCAGGCGAGCAAGGCACCUGCAUCCAGGAGCACAGCUGAAGCCAGAAGCAGGAGCACCCAAUGCAGACCUCCAUGGAGUUAAAGAAAUCCAUCUCUGCCACUAUGGAGACAGACAAACCAAUGAAGAGCUAUGGGGCAGUGGAGGAAACAGACUGGAAGGCAGGGGGGCUCUCCAGGCGGAAUCAACUUGACAUUGUAUCGAUGGCUGAGACAACUAUGACACCAGAAGAAAUUGAACUGGAGAUGACCAAAAUCCAGCGACUUCGAGAAGUUUUGGUUAGAAGAGAGUCAGAACUGAAAUUCAUGAUCGACGACAUUCAGCUGUGCAAGGAAAUAAUGAACCUGAAACAGGAGCUGCAGACUUUAGUAGAUAUCCCAGAGACAGAAAAAACAAACCAACAGAAGCAAAGAGAAGAUGAGUUGAUUCAAAAGAUUCAGAAAUUGGUGCAAAAAAGGGAUUUCCUUGUUGAUGAUGCAGAGGUCGAAAGAUUAAGGGAAAAAGAGGAAGACAAGGAAAUUUCUGAUUUCUUGCGCAUCAAAUUAAAACCCCUUGACAAAGAAACAAGGCCGACGGAUAGUACUGUCCCCGAGAAAAAAACAGAACUCCCGCCGACCAAACCUUCCAUAACGAAAACAGGGAUGGCGAUUCUCAAAGACUGCUGUGGCACAACCCAGUGUAGCAUAAUGUAACACAGGGCUUGCGAUCAGUCAUCAGAAUGCUCUGUUGCAAUGAUGGGGUUCACCAAAAGGGAUUUAAAGCACCCAAAAUCCUGAUAACCAGAACUGUAUGUGCUAUAGAUACAGUACCACAUUUUCCAAUAGUGUAUCAAUAGUGAAUAUCUCACUGUCGCAUGGAUCACUAAACGAGCAUGUUUGGAAGGAGAGUGUAUAUAGCAAGAAUAUAUUUUAUUACAUAUAUUCUUAUGUCAGCCAGCAACCAUUAUAAUACUGAUUUGUAACAUCCUGAGUGAUUAACGUGUAGACUUAGCAGCUGUCAGACUUGCUCCCAGUGAUUAAAUUAACACUCCGAAGAAUGGUUUAGUAGUUCUUGAACCAAAACCUAUACUUCUAUUGCGUACAGUACUUCGUUAUUUAACUUUUUCUGUGCCGUAACAAGCCGAAAAGAGGUGAAUAUCGACCAAUUCUGAAUAAAAUCCAGAAAAAAAAAUCUAAGAAAAUAUUUUAAAUAUUCUGAUUUUUUUUUUUUAUUUAUUGCUUACAUGUAAUAUAUAUAAAUAUAUAUAUUGAUAUGUGGGGGUACACAAACUUAUGUGAUGUCAGAACUUUCAAGGGACAUUUUUGCCUCUCCAUAAAUUGCAAAUCUCUUUAAAAUACAAGACGUAUUUUACCAAGUACCAUGUAAAAUAUGGAUCCAAAUAUGGAACAAAUCCAGAACUUUGUAUGCAUUUUCCUUGCACAUUAGAAAUCUCAGUGUAUGUUUAGCAGAUAGAAACAUAAAUAAAUAAA